AAUAACUCCAGUGUAUGCAAGUCAGCAUCAGAUUCAACGUCAUUUAAAUUUACAGUUUUUGAACUUGCGUUUGUCUAAUCUCCUAGUACAGAUUAUUUUUACAGUGUUGCUUUUAUUCGGGACUUGGACGCAACAUGUAAGUAAUUAUUUUGUUAAGGGUUAUUUUUGCUCUACCUCGUCCUGAGUCCACUUUUUUGUUGUUGUUGAUCGUAUAGCCAAUAAGGUAGGCAAUGGGGAUUCUGGUCAUCUGUCUCCACCUGUUACUGUUUAAAUGUUUCGAUAAAUAAUGUGUUGGGGCCGGUUUGUUCCGAUUUGGGCAAACCAGUUGUUGAGUUUGAACCACCCCACCUGUUGUAAUCGGUUGUUGGUGGAUUGGCAGCACUCCUACUCCUCCCCACUGGUCAAUGACCUCAGUCGAAGUGAGUUGACCAACUAUAUCUGGACUCAACAAAUGUGUGGUCUUGAUACACGGGAGUAAGCUUUCAUUUGCUGAGACAUUAUGUAACGCCAGAGAGAUGGACACUGACAACGACCGAUCGUAUGCAAGUAAGGGAAGAAAACAAUCAUCACAAUAGGAAUUUGUAUAAGUUAAAACAUCAACAGACUUAUAUAUGGUGAAUGGGCUUGGAGGCUCGGGACAAGGGCUGUCAAAAUUGUUUCUUUGCAUCAGGAUUUAUUGGCUGUCUGGGAUCUUAUAAAAGUAAAAAGUGUUUAUUAAAAGUGCUGAGAAUUUGUCUGUGUCUAUUAAAAGUGCUGAGAAUGUGUCUGUAUCUAUUAAAAGUGCUGAGAAUGUGUCUGUGUCUCAUUAUAGGUGCUGAAAAUGUGUCUGUGUCUUAUUAAAGGUGCUGAAAAUAUGUACAUGUAUGUGUCUUAUUAAAGGUGCUGAGAAUUUUUUUGUGUUUAUUAAAAAUGUUGAGAAUUUGUAUGUGUCGUAUUAAAGGUGCUGAAAAUGUGUACAUAUAUGUGUCUUCUUAAAGGUGCUGAGAAUUUGCCCGUGUCUUAUUGAAGGUGCUGAGAAUGUUAAAACACAAAAUAAUAACACGAAAUAUAAUCUUGUUUGGAUCAAUAAAGGAACUCAUCUGUCGUCAUGUUAGAGUAAAACUUAAGUCGACAUCUGUAUUUUAAAAUUUUAUUUGUGUUUUGUUCAACUUAGGGCCACCCAACCUGACGUUGACCAAGACAUUCAGAGAAACGGAGAAAAACAAGAACAUGAAGGUGAAAGGAAAAGGCCAAAAUUUCCAUUCGGCCCAACGACAUUCCCGAGAUUGGCCCAAUUAACCGAUAGGUAACUGGUCCAAUUAACCAAUAGGUAACUGGUCCAAAUAACAGAUAGGUAACUGGUCCAAUUAAAAGAUAAGUAACUAGCCCAUGAAAAGAUAGGUAACUGGACAAAUUAACAAAUAGGUAACUGGUCCAAAUAACAGAUAGGUAACUGGCCCAAUAAAAAGAUAGGUAACUGUCCCAAUAACAGACGGGUAACAGGACCAAUUAACAGAUAUGUAACUUGCCCAAUUAACAGAUAGGUGACUUUUGCUAUUAACAGGUACAUAACAGGACCAAUUAACAAAUAGUUAACGGGCCAAACGAUCAUAUCAGAUAGGAGUAACUGGCCCAAAUAAAAGAUAGGUAAAUAGCCCAAAUAACAGAUAGGAGUAACUUGCCCAAAUAACAGAAAGUUAACUGAUCCAACUAACAGAUUGGUAAAUAGCCCAAUUAACAGAUAGAUAACUAGUCCAAUUAACAGAUCGGUAACUGGUCCAAUAAUUAGAUAUGUAAUUUGCCCAAUGAACAGAUAGGUAGCUGGCCAAAUUAACAGAUAGAUAGCUGUACCAUGUAACUGAUAAGUAACUGGCCCAAUAAACAGAUAGGUAAAACCUUUCUUUGGCAGACAAAAUUUUGAAAUAUGUUUUAUGCCAUUGGAGUCGUCAUAGGGCUUUUAUCAGAGUUUUGAAUAGAAUCAAUUGACAUUUACUGCUGAAACUUUCUUGUCGGAUCUUAGCUGAUCGUAUUUUAUUUUAAAUGUCAAUCAAGAUUCGGCAACACGUUUUUCUUUGGCAAUGCCGGGAGUUUCUGGCACACACCAUUUCCUAUUGGAGCAGACAACGACUACCGGACGCAUGCGCAAAACAUCAUGGACAUGAAGAUUAGACCUGAUGACGUCAUGAUCUGCUCUUAUCCCAAAACAGGUCAGCUGUCUCUUAAUACUAUUUAUAUUAUAAUGAAUUAGGUUGAACAGUGGGAUAUUAUUGUUGUGAUGAUAAUUUUAUUUUUAAAGUUGGAUAAUUUAUUUCCAGAAGGCUCUGAAAUCAAAGACAAAUUUCUGGUUGGCCGUUGAAAAAAAAUGUUGAAAGAUCUUUUGAAAGACAGAACCAGGUCCGUGCAUCCUAUAGCUGUGCUCAGGACGAUGCCUGCUAUUUGGCCACACCUUUUCUCCAAAUUUAUAUAUAUUAUAUAUAUUUCUAUAUAUAGUGGCAAAAUAUCGAUACCGUGUGUUCGCCCUGAGACUUACGGAAAACGCACUUUUGUAUUUGCCGGCCCAACAAUUUGGAACGCCCUUCCAGUCGCUCUCAGAAACAGGCAGACACUGGAGUCCUUUAAAACCGAUUUAAGAAUACAUCUAUUUCGCAAACACCUUCUGGGGUGAUGCUAUCUACCAUCUUUUUUUUCAGUUAAUGUAUACUGGCUUGUGUUGCUUAUGGUUGAAAAGGGGAUGAAAGACUUUGACUGGGUAUGCUCGUAUGUCGUUUUUAUAUUGUUGCGCCUGUUUUUUAAAUGUGGCAAAUUUUAGAUUGUUUUUAUUUCUCUUUUUAAUAUGGUUGACUUUGUACCGCGCUUCGAGCUUUUGGGGAUGAAGCGUGUUUUUCAAAUAAACUUUUUUAUUAUUAUUAUUAUUAUUAAUACAUAUUUUGCAUGGCACAUAGAGAAUUUGGCAGCCGCCGAAGAUGGGGCCCUGGACAUGUGCCCUCUUGGCUCCAACCAUUCCAGAAGCCCCUUGACGGAAUUCAGCUUUGACCUACUCGAAUGUAUUGAUUUUCUUAACGAGAGCAACACAACUAAUUCGUGGUUUCUAUCGAAUAGAAACCAAGGAAGCGAUUUCAGUUGGGGGGCAGGGGAAGGCUACUUAAUCCUGGGGGGGGGGGUGUCAAAGAUUUGUCCCAGGAGUUACAAAAAAAAAAUUAAACAAUUAAAAUGUCCAAUCUAAAUUCUCAUCUCUUGCUGCCCAUAGGUCUACACUGGCACAAUGAGAUCAUCACCAUGUUGCUACAGAAGACUGCCCAAUUCACAGACAAGCAAAUGGGAGAAUAUUUACUGGACAGAAUGCCCGUACCCCUCAUCGCUACUCUCCCUUCACCAAGAUUAUUAGUAACUCACGUUCCUUUCAGGUGAGCAAAUUAAUAUAGGCCACCUCAUGUGUCGGGGUACACGCCCUGUGGUACCAUGGUGACGUUGUCUGCACCUUUUACAAGCAUUGGUUGGUUUGAAUUCAUGUGUCAGAGAAGACGCUCCAAGGUACCAUGGUGACGUUGUCUGCACCUUGUACAAGCAUUGGUUGGUUUGAAUUCAUGUGUCAGAGAAGACGCCCGAGGUACCACUGUGACGUUGUCUGCACCUUGUACAAGCAUUGGUUGGUUUGAAUUCAUAGGAGGGUCUAGUCCUCAGAAUAGAAUCACCCGUGUCGAAAUUAUAACUUUGGCCUUAAACGGAAACAUAGGUACCAUCCACCCAGAAGCAGAAAUAAAUGCUGAAACUAUGAAUUCAACAGCCCCCCCCCCCCGUAAAAAACAAUGCUUUUCGUAUAAAAUGUGACAUCGAACAAUGGAGGUGGGACUGAACAUUGGACAAAACAUGCAUUAACGGAAACAUAGGCACCAUCCACCCAGAAGCAGAAAUAAAUGCUGAAACUAUGAAUUCAACAGCCCCCCCCCCCCUUAAAAAACAAUGCUUUUCGUAUAAAAUGUGACAUCGAACAAUGGAGGUGGGACUGAACAUUGGACAAAACAUGCAUAGAAGUAACUCACUUUAUAAGAAUCCCAAUUGGUGUCCCUCCCCCCAAAGGCACACAACCGCUCAUUUGUUUUCGUUCCCCUGAACUUUAUUAAUAUGUUUUUACUACCACUCUUUAACGUCGCACAUUUAUUACACAAAAUAUUUCAGAAAAAAAUAAAGGAAAUAUUACGCACUUGCAAUAUUUUUGUUUUAAGAAUCUCAUUUAGCGCAGUUAUCGGGAAUUUUCCUUCAUUUUCCCUAGAACAGGGGUCUCAAACUCAAAUCAUCCGGGGGCCGCAGGAGGCAGAGUCAAGUAUUCCACACAAAAAAGCGAUGAGAAAUUCAAUUAUGUACAACUGUUACAUUCUGCUCAACCUUUAUUAAUAACAAAUAAAAACAUUAAGGAUUCUCAAGAACUUGGCUUCAUUUUCUUCCUCCUACUGCUUGUUGCCAGAGACAGCGCUUUCUUCUUACACAACUGAGCAACAUUGGCUUGAGUGUUACACAACUGAGCAACAUUGGCUUGAGUGAGGAAGCAACUGUUAAAGUUCAUAUUGGAAAAUAGCUUUUCACACAGACAGGUGCUCCCAAAAAAGGCACAUGAUCCGCUUGAACAACCUGGAAAUCUCAGGGAAGGUGGAGGGCAAUGCUCUCAUAAAUUUCCAUGUUUGUUUGUUUUUCCAUUCACCUCCCUGAACUUAGGAUAAGAAUCACACUGAAGAUCAAUCAGCUCCAUUUGCCCUAACAUUGUCUUAGCAGCACUGACAAGCUACCCUUGGUCUUGUAACUUCUUGGUGAGUACAUUCAUCUCCUGUGUAAUGUAAAAAAAAAAGCCAAGUCCAUGAGCCAUUUGGGAUCACUUAGUACAGGAACAACCAUCCCAUCCUUCUCCAUGAAGACUUUAAAUGCUAAAACGUGUGCAAACAGUAGACAGGAGCAAGCAUUAUUUAUGAAUUAUUGAUGGGAAGGAAGAUGCUAUUGUAGGAAGAUGCUAUUGUAUGAAGAUGCUAUUGUAGGAAGAUGCUAUUGUAGGAAGAUGCUAUUGUAGGAAGAUGCUAUUGUAGGAAGAUGCUAUUGUAGGAAGAUGCUAUUGUAGGAAGAUGCUAUUGUAGGAAGAUGCUAUUGUAGGAAGAUGCUAUUGUAAGAAGAAUGAAUUUUAUUUUUUAUCUUAGGAAAGGCCUUUUCACUAGUCUAACCCUGUUUUGAAAGUGGCCAAGCUGACAGGUUCGGUAUUCCCGUCACUCGUAAACACAAGCGGAAAUUUUAAUAGUCAGGCUUUGAUACUGUAUCCAAUUGAUACGACUGACACAAUUGUGGUUGUGCAUUACCCACUAACUGACUUUUAAUUUUUUUUUUAAAACGCACUUUGGCCAUGUUUGUCUCAUAAAAUGCUAUAAAAUAAAAACUUUUAGACCGAUUUUAAAACUGUUUUUACCAUUAUAAUCAACGUCCAAAUCUGUACAAACGUAAUAAAAUCAGAAUUAGACGAGUCAGUGAGAUUCAACUGAAACCGUCGCGGAGGGUCACGUUAUAGAUAUGAACAUUGGGGAAACGCGCCGGCCGCAUUAAUACUAAACCUCGCUGUCAUGUAGCGGGCCGAAAAAAUAUCGUCUUGCGGGCCGCAAAUCGCCCGCGGGGCACGAGUUGGAGACCCCUGUCCUAGAAAAACAGGAAAAACAGAUUUUUAGAGGUUGGGAUUUGAGGGGGGUGGGGUCUGAAAAUUUGAAAGAAUGUGUGGUCACGAUUCAUCACCAGGUCUGUAUCUCUGCACCACCAGCUCCAAAUUUGUUAAUCACCAGGUCUUAAUUUGUUCACCACCAGGUCUAAAUUUGUUCAUCACCAGGUCCAUCCCAAGACAAGCCCUUGAGAAGAAGAUCAAGAUUAUUUACUUGGACCGAAACCCCAAAGACGUCCUUGUGUCCUUCUACAACCACAUCAACAAAAACAUUCUUCCGUUCAACUACCCGGGGACAUUUGAACACUUCUUCCACCUCUGCUUGGAAGUCGGAUGUAAGGCUUUACCAAUGCAGAGUACUUAUGAUUAGAGUACUUAUGAUUAGAGUACUUAUGAUUAGAGUACUUAUGAUUAGAGUACUUAUGAUUAGAGUACUUAUGAUUAGAGUACUUAUGAUUAGAGUACUUAUGAUUAGAGUACUUAUGAUUAGAGUACUUAUGAUUAGAGUACUUAUGAUUAGAGUACUUAUGAUUAGAGUACUUAUGAUUAGAGUACUUAUGAUUAGUGUACUUAUGAUUAGAGUACUUAUGAAUAGUGUACUUAUGAUUAUAGUACUUAUGAUUAGAGUACUUAUGAUUUGAUGAUAGUGGUCAUUGUUACGCUGAGACAUUGUGAAAGAGUUAACUUCUGGUUAUGUGCAAAUUUAAAAAAAAAAAAAUUACUACUGAAUGGCCAGAUAAUGUCCUCCAGUAAAUACGAAAGUGAAAUCUAAAUUCAAAUAAAUAACUUAGCCUGUUAAUGGCAGCUUAGUCAUACAUCAAAGAAAACUACCAUGAAUAUGGUAAAGCGAUCACAAAGAAUAAUAUGUAUUCCAUGAGAAAUGAAAUCCAUGACGUUAUUAUUGAUGACCACAUCUGGGAGGUAGAGAUUAAGUCAGGGCUAUUAAAGCUGAAAAUUCCAGUGGUCUCCGUGAAAGUUAUGGAUUUAUAUUAAAUAAAUAAUACUUUUUCUAACACUUUAAGCUCAUUUUGAGAUGAUAAAAUGGGGUUCAAUUUAUGUUCUACAAAACCUAUGCGUUAAAUGUGUUAAUAUGACUACCUUGAUUGCCAUCUGACUUAUGUUUGCGUAGUGAUUGAAAUAAGUCUUGCUAAUUACUGUAUACUUAGUCAGUGGCGUAUUGGACUAAAAUGCAGCCCAGGGUUAAGUCUAAAAGUGGACCCCUUAAAAUAUGCACUCAUAGUUUCUUUGAUAUCAAUUGUAAUUUAUCACGAGGUGCGGUCGACUCCUACGCACCUACAAUGUAUUAUUUAAAAACACGAAGUUAAUAUAACGGAUUAAAAAAAAAUAAUUUUAAAAAUAAAACAUAAAAUACAGUACUGUAUCUUAUCUUUUAUUUUGUAAAAUAUUUUUUAAAAUCCGUUAUAUUAACUUCGUUUUUUGUUUGUUAUUGGCUGGGUGGUAAAAUCUUCGGAAGGCCAUUUGACCCAUUUCCCUUCAACCUAUCAAAGCUGAAACUGGGCACAUAGACUCGCUUCCGAUGACAACACAUUUCAAAUUUUCAGCCCCACGCCAACCCCAAAAAUCAGUUUCUCCCCUUUUUUAAAGGGAAUAUGAAGCAAAUAUCAUUUCACGUAAUAAAAUUUCCGAUAACUGCGCUAAAUGGGAUUCUUUUGAUAAAAAUCACAAGUGCGUUUGUUGCGUAAUAUUUUCUUUUCUUUUUUCUGAAAUAGUUGGUGAAAAAAAAAUAUGUGGUGUAAAAGCGGGUGGUGGGUCAUUAGAAUAUUAAUAUUAGUUCAGGGGCGUGAAGACAAGGGAACCCAAGGGGGGGGGGGAGCAGUAAUUGGGAUUCUUAUAAAGUGCAUUACUUGUAUUCAUGUUUGGUCAAAUUUUCAGCCACACUCGGUACUAUAUUUUAAAAGAGGUUUCACGCGCAAAACUUUGUUUUUAGGGGUCGUUUAAUGAUGAUUACAAUAAUUAUGAACUAUCCAGAUCUUUACGGUGACCUGUUCGACUACCUGAUGGAAUGGCAGAAAGGAAUAGAGGCUCACCCCGAAUGUCCUAUUUACACGUCAGUGUUUGAGGACAUGAAGCUGGUGAGUAGAUUUAAAAUCAAUUUUGAUGACGUAAGGAGGUCGGUCUAUUCUAAGAAAACACCAAUCAGUAGUAGUCAGAAACACCAGGAGUGAAUUCAACCUUUUUAUCUCCUAUUUAUUAUUUUUAUCUGUCAUUAGAUUCCGAGUCUAUCAAUUAUUAAAUUUCAAAACUGAUAAAUGAAAAAAAAAUAUUUUAGUGUCUCAUAUUAAGUGUCUUAUUCACUGACCCAAUUGAUGACAUUGCACUUUUUAUUUCUGUUUUUCCCGGCUGUCAACAAAAGAUGAAAUUCUCUCAAAGUCCUCCCAUUUGAUGAGUACUCUGAUAGGAAAAUUUUACGUUUGUUGUUUCCCCUUACGUUUUGUCUCCCCUUAAUUCUAUGCAUGGCGUUUGGUAAUGUCCAAUGCCGGAUUAGGCCUUGUUGAGGUCCCAAUGUCGGAUUAGGCCUUGCUGAGGCCCCAAUACCCAAUGCCGGAUUAGGCCUUGCUGAGGCCCCAAUGUCCAAUGCCGGAUUAGACCUUGCUGAGGCCCCAAUGUCCAAUGCCGGAUUAGACCUUGCUGAGGCCCUGAGGCAGACGAACUUUUGGUGCUCCUCUUCCAGUGGCGUAGUUAGCGUUAGCGCAAUAACCGAAAAUGCCGCCCCUCGGUAUAAAGAAAAAAGUACCUUCUGGGGUGGACCCCCCCCCUCCAUGCACAUCCUUCCUUAUGCCAAUUGACCCCUCUCGCACAUUCCCCUAAUACUUAGUGACAUACCUUUCACGUUUGAUUUCGAGACUUACAAAAAAAAUACAAUACAUUGCUAUAUAAAUCUUAGACAUUUUAAAUGUUCCAUUGUUUAUAAUGUACUAUAAAUUACCCCAAGUCAUGAAGAAUUGAAUUGGCUGAAAAUAUUUCUUAGGCCAGUGAGCCCUUGGAGCCCUCCUCCUAUUCUUAAAACAUGUUUACGCCGCUGCCCAUUACUUUAGGAACUGGCCUAAAUCCCAAAAUUACGUUACCCUUUUCAUAAAUAGGCAAAUAAUUGUGCAAAUUUAUAUUAAUUUUUUGCCUUUUGACUCAAUUUGUUGUUGAAAAUAAUCUUCCAACAGUUCUGAUUUAUUUAGUCAAUUCCAAAUUUUGAAUGAUGCAUUUGACAAUCUCAACGAUUCUUUAUUUUUGGCUGUUGUUCAUUAAAUGAUAAAGAAUAAAGUGUAAGUGUAGAAAAAACACAAAUUAUGUCGCGCAGAUGGUUGGUGGGACCUUGAAAAAAAAAAGAAUUUCAAUUCGUUCAAUUUUUUUUAGGGAUUUCAACAUUAUACAAAAGAGAAGGGACAGAAUAAUAAAUAAUUAUGCCGUUACAGAUAGUUUUUGAAAAUAGUAAUAUAUUGCCGUUGUUGUGUUUUUUUCUAGUUUUGACAAUUUAAAAGGGUAUUUUAAACCGUCUUUAUUAUAACAAUUUAUUUAACAAUUAUUUGAAUACGGUACAAAUUUAAUUACUUAAAAGUAUGACUCAACUUAUUAUUAAGUUUGUAUUUUUAGCUUGCGAUUUUCACUGCUUAUCUGGUUCAAAUCUUGCAUCUCAAUUUUAACCCAAAUCCUGGUGUCCAAUUGAGCUGAAACAUUGUACAUUACCCACCUCCGACGACAGUACACAUCCCCAGUGAUUUACACAGAUCCCUGAGUGACCUCUGCUGGUCAAAUCUUGCAUCUCUAUUUUGACCCAUUUCCUGAUGUCGAAUGGAGCUGAAAGUCUGACUACAUAAGUACAAAAUAAAACUAUAUAAAAAUACUUAUUUAAAAAAAACACACUUACUUAACAAAAAAACCCACUAAAAAGUAUAAAAUAAAUGUCCCCACAAAAUUGUUGCAGUGUUGCAGAGUGUUGCAGUCAUAUGACUAAAUACAAAUCGUGGGGCGCCCAGAACAAAUGCAAUGAUGUCGUAUGACUUUCUCCAUAGGUUGCUCUGUCCGUGUGGUUAAUUUGUUUGUGGUAAAAUCUUGCGUCUCAAUUUUGACACACUUCCUCAUCUCCAAAUGAGCUGCAACACAAUACAUUGGGUCUUUGGAGGGUUUCUCACAAUAUAUCUAAUUCCAUUUUCGUGAGAUAGAUUUCUGAUUUUAUAUUAACCUUCACUUUGCAGCGUAACACAAAUAUAUAUAGAACUCAAGUAUUACAUUGAAAAGAUUUGUUUCAUAUGAUCAUAAUUUUGAUGAACCACCGUAUCCGAUCUAUUUAUAGCACAACACUACUUCGCAUGUCGAUCUGGCCCCUAGUGCACUUGAUGAUCCUCUAGAUGCGUACAAAGGACAUUAUGUUAUUACUUUUCAAAUAGAUUUAAAAAAAAAUAUUAUGCAGUCGAAGGUCCCUGAAGGGCAUGUAGUCCCUUAAAGGCGUGGGGUCCUUUUAGGCGUGGGGUCCUUUUAGGCGUGGAGUCCCUUAAAGGCGUGGGGUUCCAUAAAGACGUUGAACCCUUGGUACCGUGUCUGAUGUUUGGGUUAAUCCAGUCCUGCCAUUGUCACAUCAUUAUGGGGACAUCCCAGUUGUCACAUACGUAUGGGGACAUCCCCAUUGUCACAUACGUAUGGGGACAUGCCAAUGGUCACAAACUUAUGGGGACAUCCCAAUUGUCACAUACGUAUGGGGACAUCCCCAUUGUCACAUACGUAUGGGGACAUGCCAAUGGUCACAUACUUAUGGGGACAUCCCAAUUGUCACAUACGUAUGGGGACAUCCCCAUUGUCACAUACGUAUGGGGACAUGCCAAUGGUCACAUACUUAUGGGGACAUCCAAAUUGUCACAUACGUAUGAACAUCGCAGGGCUUGUGGUCUUAGUCUUGCUCAUAACAACUUAUUUCAAUCUUCUCUUGAUAAUCUGUUCAGAACCCUUUUGAAGGCGUCAAAAAGUUGAACGAAUUCCUGAAUACCGGAUGCAGUGAUGAGUUGUGUGAGCAAAUAGCUGCCGCCUGCAGUUUCGACAAGAUGAAAGAAUACAAAGACAGCACCGCCAAGGAACACAUACGUGCGCUCUUCAAGGACAAGAAGUUAGGGUUUUACAGAAAAGGUAAACAGAAGAGUUUGUUGGUAAUGGUAUUUAAGUUGGAAAGUGCUCAGAGUUAUAGUAACGUAAUUAAAACUAAAUUUAGUUGAAAACGUCAUCAUUGAUGAUAUGCCCUGAACCCACCCUUAGAGAUGGAUGAUAUCUCCUAACCCAUUGCUAGGGAUAGAUGAUAUGCCCUGAACACACCCACAGAGAUGGAUGAUAUUUCCUUACCCUACCCCGAGCCUCUAAGAAGGUUAAUAUGCCCUGACUCCACCACCUAGAGAUGAUGAUAUGCCUUGACUCAACUCCCUAGAAAUGGAUUAUAUGCCCCGACUCCACUCCCUAGAGAUGGAUGAUAUGCCCUGACUCCACUCCCUAGAGAUUGAUGAUAUGCCCUGACUCCACUCCCUAGAAAUGGAAAUGCCCUGACUCCACUCCCUAGAGAUAGAUGAUAUGCCCUGACUCCACUCCCUAGAGAUGAAUAUGCCCUGACUCCACUCCCUAGAGAUGGAUGAUAUGCCCUGACUCCACUCCCUAGAGAUGGAUGAUAUGCCCUGACUCACUCCCUAGAGAUGGAUGAUAUGCCCUGACUCUACUCCGAGACUCACUUAAGAGCUCCCCCCCUCCCCCGACAUCAUUAACUAUGAAAAGUGUUAACCGUUAUUUAACCGAAUAUGUUUCACUUAAUUAUGUUGACAACUACAAGUUACAAUUGGUGACCAAAAACAAGCGACUUAUUCAUCGCCUUUAAUGACGAAAAUGAUGCCCCAAUGGGUUCCUUUGUUUUAACUCCCCCUACCCCAGAAAAGUGACAUAAAGUUAGUGUAGUGGAGUCCAACAGAAAUUGUAUGACUGAACAGCCAUUUAAAACAUCUACCAGUCAAUCUUACUCAACCUUGCUUAUAAUGUGCAGCACUAAAAUAUAGCACAUUUAAAUUUGUAUGCACUAUUACAUUUUAUUUUAUUUCUCUACGUAAUGAUUUAGUCUUUUCCCAAAUCCUUCUAUGUAUUCUGUGUGCCCCUAAUAUACUGAUUAACACUCUCCCCAUGUUAAAAAGGGUACUGGUAUCAAAUAAAACUUUUUAUCUGAAUAUAAAACUUUGUAUCUGAAUAAGUCAAAAUAGUUACUCAUAGUUUGUAUAUUUAUCCUAUUUAUUAAAGUGAACAGUGCAUUUAUUUGUCAGGUGAUGUUGGAGACUGGAAGAACUGGUUCACUGUGGCCAUGAAUGAAGAGUUUGAUGCCGAUUACAAGAAGAGGAUGUCAGAAUAUAAAACUGUUUACAAAUACACACUGGAUGAUUGAAUAGUGAGAAAGAAAUACUUUUAUAUUGGGUGC